AUGAUCGAAGCUCCUAUGCAAGUAGAAGCGACUGCCAUCAUCCUGGCAGAUAUACAAGGCCUUCCGAGAACAUUGACGUUGAAGAUGAAACAACCAAAUUUUCUCAUCAUUGUCGCCGACGACCUUGGCUUCAGCGACACAUCACCGUACGGCGGAGAAAUAAAAACACCAAACCUCGAGCGUCUCGCUAAUACUGGUGUGCGCCUGACGAAUUUCCAUACUGCGCCAGCAUGCUCACCAACAAGGUCAAUGCUGCUGUCCGGCACCGAUCACCACAUCGCUGGUUUGGGCCAAUUGAUCGAGCAUAUGGCACAGAAUCCCAAGGUCUUCGAGGGCCGACCGGGAUACGAGGGCUAUCUUAACUUCAGGGUUGCCGCCCUCUCUGAGAUACUCCAAGACGCGGGUUACCACACUAUGCUACUUCAAGCUGCCUUUUCGGGGAAGGUAUGGAUGGAAGGUGAUCGAUAUCUCGAUCGUAAGACGGAGAUCCCGCCAGACUUCUAUUCGACUACGUAUACAACCGCCCGAAUGUUGGAGUUCCUGCGAGGCCGUACGGAGGCAGAGAAAGACCAACCAUUUCUUGCCUACCUAGCAUACCUUGCGCCGCAUUGGCCCCUCCAAGCACCUGAAGAGAGGGUCAAAACCUACGAGGGCUUUUACAAAGAUGGCCCGUCAAAGUUACAGGAGAAAAGGAUUGCGAACCUCGUCAAGCUUGGCUUGAUCCCCGAAGAUGUAAUCCCAGCGAAGCCAGAGGCGUACGCCGGCACGCCGUGGGACGACAUGACCGAAGAGCAAAGGCAGGAAUCUGCUCGAAAAAUGGAAGUCUACGCCGCAAUGGUGGAAAUGAUUGAUGAUGGCGUUGGUGAAGUCAUUGACUACCUUCAAUCGACGGGCGAACUCGAUAACACGUUCGUUCUGUUCAUGUCUGACAAUGGCGCUGAAGGCCUAUCGAUGGAGGCCAUACACGUGAUGGGCGGCCAGACAACGAUGGCCGCCAUUAUCAACAAGCACUACAAUAACGAGUUUGAGAACAUUGGGCGGAAAGAUUCGUUUGUGUGGUAUGGUCCCGAGUGGGCAUCGGCUGCGACCGCUCCAUCCCGAGGAUGGAAGUGCUGGCCCACGGAGGGAGGCAUCCGAUGUCCCUGCAUCGUUCGGUAUCCGGGCUUCGGUUCCUCCCCUUCCGCGGUGAGCCACUCAUUUACCACGGUUAUGGACAUUCUCCCCACCGUCCUCGAGCUAGCCAACAUCCCGCCUGUCGGCUCAACGUUCCGUGGCCGCGAAAUCGUACCAGUGAAAGGAAAGUCAUGGAUCCCACAUUUGACCUCUGGCGACUACGCAAAUACAUCUGUUCAUGAUGAGAAUGAACACGUCCAUGGAUGGGAACUUGUAGGACUACGGGCAAUCAGGAAGGGGCCGUGGAAAGCGGUUUGGAUGCAUCCGCCCCGAGGCAGCGGCGAGUGGGAGUUGUUCAAUCUUGACCAAGAUCAGGCGGAAUCCAACGAUCUGGCAAAGUCGGAGCCGGCCAAGUUGGUGGAACUCAUCCGUUGCUGGGAAGAAUACUAUGCCGAGACGGGAAUGUUUGAUCAUGGGUUCGAGUUUCGAGCAGCCAAGGCGUAG